GCGGGCGGCCGGCCGGCGGGCGACGGUUGGGCUGCCGGGGCAACCGUCCCGCGCGCAUGAGCGGCGGCUGUAACGGCUGUAACGGCUGUAACGGCUGGCGGCGGGCUCGGCGGGAGAAACACUUAACAGAUAGAAGAAAUGAUUGACUCAGUGAAAAUAAGAAGACAAUGCAUGCUGGAUUUCUACUCACAUUAUGAACAUCUUUGUGCUCUUCAAAGCUCCGUGCCUCUGAAAGCUGUGAAAGCUAACCUGACGCAGGGUACUCUUGAUCUAAUUGUAGAUCGCAUUAAAGCUGUGGACUGGGCACCACUCCUGAGUGCUAUUAGGCAUGAUAAGACUCUGACUUCUAUUGGAAUAAGAAGUUUUCAUCAGCAGGGCCUUGGAGAAUCAGGUGGUGAAAGAUAUAAAACUUACUUCAGAAGGAGAAUUCCAGCAAUUCGAUCGAAAGACUUGACUGGCCAACUAUGCAAAGCUGUCAAAGGCUGUCUCAGUAUCUCUGAUGUACUCAAAAAUCUGGAACUGCACGGUUUGCUCCUGAGGGAGAGAGAUCUAAUGCUUUUAACAAAGGGCUUCGCCACUUCAUCAUCUCUGGAGAGCAUUUCUUUAGCCCACUGUCCAAUUGGAGAUGGAGGAUUAGAAACAAUCUGUCAGAGUGUGAAAAAUUCAGCUACUAUCAGAUACGUAAACUUCACAGGUUGUAGCCUCACCUGGCGAGGAGCAGAGCAUAUGGCAAAUGUAUUAAAGCACCAGGCAAUGAAGAGACAUGGUGAAGCUUGGGCUGAAAGCCUACGUUAUAGGAGACCUGACCUCGACUAUAUGACAGGCUUGAGGCGCGUUACUUUGAACUGCAACAUGCUCGUUGGAGAUAGAGGAGCAACUGCCGUUGCAGACUGUCUAGGAGAGGACCUGUGGCUAAAAGCACUUGAUUUGCAGCAAUGUGGAAUAUCCAAUGAAGGAGCAAGGUCACUACUAGAUGCUCUUCAAACUAAUACAACAUUAGUGGUACUUGACAUAAGAAAAAAUCCAUUAAUUGAUCACGUUCUGAUGAAAAAGAUUAUUGAAAGAGUUCUUAUGAAUGGAAAUAAUGCUAAUUCAGAGUAUAAAUGGCUGACUUCACCAUCUUCCAAGGAUGCUUUGAAAGCUAGACCAAAGAAAAGAACUAUUGUCCUAGGAAGUGGUCGAAAAGGAAAAGCUACUAUUCGUAUUGGAUUAACAUCUAAAAAGCCUGUAAGUCCUGGGAAAAAGACUACAUCUGUGAAAGACAGUUAUUCACCAAAACCACUACCACCAGGCACAAAAGGCUUCCUUCCUUGGCGCACUGCAGAACGUGCAAAGAGAUGCAGGGGAGGGGCAGUGGAUGGUAAUGAAGAGUUACCAGUGAAGAUUCAGACAGGUAUUCCUGUGAAAGUGACAGUAGAAAGUGCUUCAACAUCUGAAACUGAAGAGACAGAAGAUUUAGAAGAUGUUAUCCAUAAUCCUGAUUUGACAAAAUCAUUAGAUAAGAUUAAUGUAACAAAGCAUCAACAAUUCCAGUUGGAGCUGGAAGAAUGCAUAGAAAAAUUAAAGGAAGAACGAAGAGCCAGAGUAAAGGCCGAACAACGGAUAGCAGAGCUGGAAAUUGAAAAUGCAAGGCUUAGGAGUCUAAAUAGCUCCCUGUCUGAGGUUCUUCAUGCGCAGUCAGUAGCCAACAUGAUUUUGGAAGAUGAAGGUGUUCUUGGCAGCAUUGAGAACUCUUUUCAAAAGUUUCAUGCUUUUUUAGACCUCCUUAAAGAUGCUGGACUUGGACAACUUGCUGUAUUAGCUGGGAUAGACCAGUCAGAUUUUGGUCUUUUGGGGCAUCCACAAAUGAAUUCUACUCUCAGUAAGCCUCCUAACAUACUAAAGGAGAAGUCUUUUGAAGAAGAAAGACAAGAACAUACACAAAAUAGCAGAAGUGGAGGUGGGAACAUCCAGCUUUCUCCUGGCACAUUUCAAUCCCAGCUGGUGGUGAAUAAUACCUUCUCUUCUCUUAAAGAAACACAGGAUUUUCCAACUGCUGUGCAACAGCAGCAGCCAGUCUUACGAAAAGAAAAUGAAAGUCAAGCAAUUAACCAAAACAAAGAGGAUAAACCUCGAAGCAGCAUUCCAACAUUCUCUGAGAAGAGAGUCAAACAAAAUGAACAAGCAAAAGGACAUUAUUUAGCAAGGCAAUUGGGCACCAGUCUGCAUUCAUUUACUGAUUCCAGUGUGAAAAGUAAUAGUAGCAGAAUAUCCAGCAGUGCUUCUGGUGAAAAAAAUAAAUUUUUUUCCUCGAAGAAAUACAUUCCUAGAGUGAUUGAAACUGCAAUUGCAAAUGAUGGAACAAGAACAGACCAAAGUAGACUGCAGAUGGUAGACGGCUCUGGAACUGAUACCGUAGGAUCUGUCUCUGAAAUACAAGAAAGUAUCCACAGUGUUAGCAGCACCUGAAAUGUUUGGACUGUUCUUUACACAUGCAAGGUUAAAAAUAAAAUUUGGAUGCUUCAGUACAGGUUGUGAGAUUUUUCAUAAAGUGAUGUAGACUUUUAAAACUUAAAAAAUAUUCCAUGCUGUUAGUAUUCCUGUUUCAUGUUUGCAUCACUUGUACUAGAUUUUUAUUCCUGGAAACAAAUGUUGUACUGGGACCCUCCAGUUUUUACUACACAUAAAGGUUCCUGGAAUACGUUUUUUGUGUAUCACAGAUCUUGUUACGGCGUGUGAACAGUUUCAAGCUAAUAAAGUUGAGUAAAAAAAUUGGUUU